AUGGAGCAGAUAGUGGGAGACCAACUCAAACAUCAGAUCUUUCAGUUUGCAGGUAACCAAGAAAUAUCCUGGACACCUCCACCACAGGGAGCUAUCCGCAUCGAUGUUGAUGGUUCAGUCUGGAAUGAUCAACACGCAGCCUGUGGAGGCCUCAUCAGAAACAGCGAUGGUGAUUGGGUGGUCGGAUUCCAAAAGAAUAUUGGCACUUGCUCAGUUACAGAAGCAGAACUGGUGGCUAUUCGGACAGGUCUUGAAGUUGGGAAAUUAUAUAAUCAUCCCAUGGUUGUGCUCUAUUCUGACUCAAUGGAUGCCCUCAAUUUGAUUGCUAGAGAGUGUGUGGCAGACCAUCCCUUGAGGACUAUUAUCACCGAUAUCAGGGAGCUGAUAUUUGCUCGGGAGGAAAUAGAACUGCAUCAUGCUAGCCGUGAUACUAUAAGGUGUGCUGACUACCUGGCGAAGGAAGGACAUGAACAGGCGUUCGGCGUCAAGUUGAUCGCAGAUGUGCCAGAAAGAUAUGCUGAUUUGAUUCUUCAGGAUAAGCCUUGUGGAUUUAGCUGA